CAAUUGAAGUCUUAUGGUUCAGCAACACCUACUUCCUCGCUUGCCUUUGGCCGCUGGUGGCUCUGGUUUGGCGGCCGCGGUCUUUGGGGGGGCCGCACCACCCUUUGGGGUGAAGAAGGAUCGAAUAUCAGGCAUUGUGUCUUCUUGCUCGGGAAAAAAAAAAAAGAAAACGAAGAAAGAAAAAUGAGAUGGCAAAGAAGAAGAACAAAAUAUAGCCCUACAAAGGCCCUCUUUUGGCACAGUCUGGGCGCUGUUGCCUGACUGAUCGCAGGUUUUAGCGGCGUGCAGAGUGAAGGAGCAGCCUAGAAAUUAUUCCAGUGACGUGCUGCGGCGCAACGCGAAGCUGACGCGAGGUGCGUGACCUGAGCUUAAUUAGCAGAAAAUGUUUGGCCUGACAUCUCAGGCCCCGCUUUGCGCCGGCGAUUUUGACGCUUGCCGCCUUGGGAUUCUUUUCAAGAUAUCGAGGCCCCAGCGGUGCGACAAUCUCCAGACAAGCCUGAAUCAGCGGCCAAACCCGACGCCAUGAGGUCCAAUGGCGCUGCGGCAUUGCUGAAUGCCUUCCAGGGACUGAGAAUCUCCGCAUCCACGCCUUUGCGACAACUGAGGGCCCCCGUCCAGCGCCAAUCCAAGGUCCUCGGCGCCGCCCAGCUGCUUCAGAAUGGCAGAGCCUUUUCCACAAGCCCCGCCAUGAUGGGCACAUGGCUCGAACCCAGUCUGAACCGAAAAAAGAAAAUGGCCAAGGGCCGACCCCGAGUAGCGACUGGAGGAUCAACGAAGGGCACGACUGUUAUUUGGGGCGACUACGGACUGCGAAUGGUGGACCAUCACCGAAGAAUCAGCGCCAAGUCUCUUAAGAUGGCGGAAGAUACGAUCAAAGUGCGACUUCGAGGAGAGAAAUACCGCCUUUACAAGAGAAAAUGUUGCAAUGUUGGCGUUUACGUCAGCGGUAACGAGAUGCGUAUGGGUAAAGGAAAAGGUUCAUUUGACCACUGGGCUACGAGAAUGGCAGUCAGCCAAGUUUUGUUUGAGGUCAAGGGCCGAAUCCACGAGCAAAUUGUUCGAGACGCCUUCCGACUGGCUGGCAACAAGCUUCCCGGCCAGUGGGAAUUUGUGAAGAAGGGAGAUGCUCCUGUUGUUGGAAUCACCAAGCUAGAUGGUGUGACGCUCGAGGAUUUGAAGAGACCCAGGAAGCAAGUUGUCCCUCAGGAGCUCCUUGAGGCAUCCCCCUCUACGACAGCCACUGAUGUUGGAAGCACACCGGCAUCCUCUGGAUCUUCAUGAGUAGCGAGAAAGAAAGAAGAUAACUUCCAUGUACCAUAGAAAUCUUGUAUAUAUGAAAUAAAAGCCGACUGAUGAAAGAAUGAAAGAAUGACGAACAUGCA